AUGUCGAGCGUUGCUGGUAAGCCGGCUGGCAAGUACGACGAGAUUCCCGGGCCUCUUGGCCUCGGAGCCGCCUCGCUGGCGGGCAAGGUUGCACUCGUGACUGGUGCUGGCCGUGGCAUUGGUCGCGAAAUUGCCCUCGAGCUGGGCCGCCGCGGUGCCAAGGUGAUUAUCAACUAUGCCAACAGUGAAGCGACAGCGCAGGAGGUGGUCAACCAAAUCAAGAAAAACGGGUCAGAUGCAGCGUCCGUCAAGGCAAACGUGUCGGACGUUGACCAGAUUGUGCGCAUGUUUGAGGAGGCCAAGAAGAUCUUUGGUAAGAUCGACAUUGUUGUGUCCAAUAGCGGUGUUGUAUCGUUCGGCCAUGUCAAGGAUGUCACUCCAGAGGAGUUUGACCGCGUCUUCAAUAUCAACACCCGCGGCCAGUUCUUUGUUGCCCGUGAAGCCUACAAGAACUUGGAGGUCGGCGGCCGUCUGAUCAUGAUGGGCUCCAUCACUGGUCAGGCGAAGAUGGUGCCUCGUCACGCUGUCUACUCCGGCAGCAAGGGUGCCAUUGAAACAUUUGUGCGCUGCUUGGCCGUCGAUUUUGGCGACAAGAAGUGCACAGUCAAUUGCGUUGCCCCCGGUGGCAUCAAGACGGACAUGUACCAUGCCGUGUGCCGCGAGUACAUCCCUGGUGGUGACAAGCUCAACGAUGAGGAAGUCGACGAGUAUGCGGCUGGUUGGUCUCCUAUUCAUCGUGUCGGUCUGCCUAUCGACGUGGCCCGUGUUGUCUGCUUCCUGGCUUCUCAAGACGGCGAGUGGAUCAACGGCAAGGUGAUUGGUAUUGACGGCGGUGCUUGCAUGUAA